AGUCCAGACAGCAUGAGGCUCACGCUCGCCUGGCUCUGUGUCUGCCUGGCGAUUUAUUGUAGCGGCGGCUUUGCCAACAACGGCCGAGGCAAUGUGGUCUUAUCUUUGCCACCAUCGCUUAUCGCAGCAACGGAGGUGGUGGCCUUGAGACAACAGCAGCAGCGGGAGCAACAGCAGCAAACGCUGCACGAGCAUCCGCGCUGGAAAAAGGAUGCACGCGUCCUGUUUGACAGCGGCAGCGAUUCACUGCGCGAUAUUGCGCACAGUAAGGAGUCCGCAUCCGAGGUUGGCAAAUACACGUUGGCCUACAACAACGACGACGACGGCGUGGAAGUGGAGCAACAGCCGGCGGAUUUAAAUCGAAAAGCAUUGAGCGAGGCUUAUGAUUUAGAGGCACGACGGCAAUCAGCGCCGCAGGAAAUUGCGCCGCAACAUGGCCAUGGACUUGAAUUGAAGUCUGCCACGCCCACGCCACACAAAUACUGGGCCAGUCGCUGCCAGCCUGGAAACGGCAAUUGUCCACGGGAAUACCAUCGCGCGAUGCUGACGAUCAGAAAUAGAGAUGCCGUAGCACGUUUGCGACAUCAGCUAAAUGAAAUGCAGGAUCAGCUGGAUUCCGGCAAUGUUGAUGCUUCUGGCGACACCUUGGAUGAUUCCAAUGAAGAUCUUAACUUGAAGAACAACAACAACGAGGUUUUUAUGCUGCUUACUGGCGAACAGGAUUUGGUGAAGUUCCUGCACUGGGCCAUGCAGCUGUUGUAUCCCCAUCAGCAUCCAAUUGAUGAUUUGAACGGCAGUGCCGCAGACUUUUAUCACCCGGGCAUGUUCAUAUGGAAGAAGUUCAACUUCUCGGGGCACUUGGAACCGCCGCUGAUUGUCGACGAGCCACAUUAUGUGCUGGUGCGGCGCGAGAAGCAAAAUCUAAAGCAUGGCUACCAACUGGGCGAUGAUCUAAAUUUAAAGGACGAUCCAUUUAUACCACCACGGGGCCGUAAGCACACUACGCCUGAUCUGGAGGAGCUGUUGAAUCGCUACGAGACCUUUGUACCGAAUCGCGGCAAGCGCGACAAAGUCAAAGAUCUGUUCAAGUAUGACGAUCUAUUUUAUCCGAAUCGCGGCAAAAAGCAUCGCGACAUUUUCAAACUGGACGAUCCCUUCUUUCCACAUCGCGGUAAAAAACUGCAACUGCGUGAUCUUUACAACGUCGACGAUCCAUUCUUUCCGAAUCGCGGCAAGCGGCAAGUGACAGCAAAGCCAAGUCUGCUGCCGGCGAGCAUGUGGGGAAAACUACAGUCCGGCAGUGACAACAGCAACAACAACGACAACGACAUCGACAAAGGCGACAACUGGCCGCAAAGAAUGUCAACGCAUGAAAUUAAUGGUAACGAUCAAUCAGUCAAGACAUCAAUGUCAGCCGGGGAUGCAACUGAGGGCGCUAGAUGGCAACGUCUACCAGCUAAUAGAUUGCACUCGACAAGAUCAAUGUCAGCAAAUUUACAACAGCAGCCGGACCAACUGCAGCGCCUGAGCUUCAUUGUCCGCCCGGGCAUGCGCCAGCAGCAAAGGCAGCAACAGCAGGUGAAAACAUACUGGCCAGCAAGAAGCUAUCAGCGCUGGCAGCGAUCUGAGCACGAAGCCCGGGAGACACAAUUAACGCGGGGGCUCAACGCUAGUCCCACUGGCCAUGACACUGACUUUGACAUGGAUUAUGGCCAAUUGGACAUGUAA